AUUGAUGUGUGUUCGUGUCUCCAGACCCUGGGCCAGAACUCGAUGUGGGUGGCUCGCCUGCUCAUCUCGCUGGUGGAGUUCCAGUCGCGCAACAUCCUGCGCGCCGCCGCGCUCGCCGAGAUCGUGCUGUUCCCGCUCGUCGUCAUCAUGGCCUUCUUCGGGUACUGCGGCCUGCUGACUCCGUUCGUGUACUACUACUUCGUGACGUGGCGCUACGCGAGCCGGCGGAACCCGUACACGCGCAACACGUUCCGCGAGCUGCGCGUGACGGCGGGAGCGCGCGCGGCGCGGCCCGCGCUGCCC